CCCUUCCCUCACCAGGCCAAGGCUGGUGACAGCCUCCAUGUAUUUAAAGAGGACAAGAGCCCCCUGGAUUCAGUUGAGCCGACAGAGGCCACACAGGCAGACUUGACCUUGGUCAAAGAGUCUUCAAGAUGCCAAACUGGGGCGGAGGAGCGAAAUGUGGAGCCUGCGAGAAGACGGUCUACCACGCGGAGGAAAUCCAGUGCAAUGGAAGGAGCUUCCACAAGACCUGCUUCCACUGCAUGGCCUGCAGGAAGGCUCUGGACAGCACGACAGUGGCCGCUCACGAGUCGGAGAUAUACUGUAAGGUGUGCUAUGGGCGCAGGUACGGGCCCAAGGGGAUCGGGUAUGGACAAGGAGCUGGCUGCCUCAGCACGGACACAGGCGAGCACCUUGGUCUCCAGUUCCAACAGUCCCCCAAGCCGGCUCGCUCAGCCACCACCAGCAACCCUUCCAAGUUCACUGCGAAGUUCGGAGAGUCCGAGAAAUGCCCUCGGUGUGGCAAGUCAGUGUAUGCCGCUGAGAAAGUGAUGGGAGGAGGCAAGCCCUGGCACAAGACUUGCUUCCGCUGCGCCAUCUGUGGGAAGAGUCUGGAGUCUACGAACGUCACUGACAAAGAUGGGGAACUGUACUGCAAAGUUUGCUACGCCAAAAACUUUGGCCCCACAGGCAUUGGGUUUGGAGGCCUCACACAGCAAGUGGAAAAGAAGGAGUGAAAGGGUGCCCCUCCCCUUCUCUUGGCACCUGACGCAUUUGCCAAGUAACCCUGCACCGAGGGGAGCCUUUCCCCACACAGCCUCUUCUUUGUAGCAGGACAGGGGUUCUCUUCAGAAGCCAUCAUGGCCUUGACCCUUUGCAAGAAAAGUACUUCAAAUUCAAUCUGCAACAAGUGAUUUAUUAUUUACGAUAUUCGGGGUGGGAAAGGCAAUAAAAUGGUUUAAUGGUA